UGAUCGUUUCCUAGCGUUAUAUAUCUCUCUUGUGUCUACUUUGUAUCAAUCCCGGAUCCUUGCUUGUCAAAAGGAUCUACGCCGCGUUUCGUUACUGGUAGACGGUCACUAGGCCUUUUCGUCCGAAGGAUAUCCCUACUCUGCACAACCUUGUCGUCGGUGCCAGGCCGUCCUGUCCUACUCUACAGUAACCAAACCAUGGACUCAGUCCGUACCCAUUCCGGCGAGACAGCCCGUCCCCAAUACCCGGUAACGCGGGUGCCCUCACACAAGAACGUCCGAUUCCUGUCCGCGCUCCCGAACAGUCUGCGCAACCACUUCAUUGCCUUCAUCGGCGAAUAUGUCGGCACGUUCCUGUUCCUCUUCUUCGCCUUCACGGGCACGCAGGUUGCCAACACGGCGGCCAAGAACAUCACCACCGCGACGCCGGCGUUGUCGGGCACGUCGGAUGUCAGCGUCGUCAUGUUCAUUGCGUUGAGCUUCGGGUUCUCGUUGGCGGUCAACGCGUGGGUGUUCUUCCGGAUCAGUGGGGGGUUGUUUAAUCCUGCUGUCACCCUCGCCCUCCUCUGCAUCGGCGCCUUCGACACCCUCCGCGCCCUCUCCGUCUUCCUCGCCCAGAUCCUCGGCGCCAUCACCGCCGCCGGCAUCGUAGCCGGCCUCUUCCCAGGCGACAUGGCCGUCGCCACGACCCUCGGCCAAGGCACCACCGUCGCCCGCGGCCUCUUCAUCGAACUAUUCGCCACCUUCCAACUCACCUUCUGCAUCAUCAUGCUAGCCGCCGAAAAGCACAAGAGCACCUACCUCGCGCCCAUCGGCAUCGGACUCUCCCUCUUCAUCUCCGAGCUCGGGGCCGUGCCCUUUACAGGGGGCUCGCUGAAUCCAGCGCGUAGCUUCGGGCCGUCGGUCGUGCUGGGCGCGUUUGAUGGGUAUCAUUGGAUUUAUUGGCUGGGGCCGGUGAUGGGCGCGUUGUUGGCGGUGGGGCUGUACAGGCUUGUUAAGGUGCUGGAGUAUGAGACUGCGAAUCCGGGGCAGGAGUUUGAUGAUUUGGAGCAUGAGUUGUUUCGGCAGCGGACGUUUAGUUUGGCGGGCGUGGAUGAGGCGGAGAAGGGGUUUGGGGGGCUUGGUGGUGGGGAUGGCGGGCCGGUGAGUAGGGAGGAUGUGAAGAGGCCGGUUGUGGGAGCUGCGUCGGCGGCGGCGGCGGCGGGGAUGGGCAUGAGCUUUAGUGAUGCGAGUUUUGGGCAGUUUGGGCAUGGGGUUGUGAGUCCCAAGGCGAGUCGGGCGACGAUGAGGCCUGCGACGGGGAGGACGGCGGUGGAGAGGGCUUGAUGUGGGACUGGGGAUCUGGUUGUAACGACUUGAUGAUGAUGAUGGUGUUUCAGAGAGGGUCGGUAUAACCUCUUGCUUGGAUGGGAUUC